AUGGGUGACGGCGAGUACAGCUUUGCGGCAGAGUUCACGGCCAGCUUGCCAAAGAAGGCGAUCCGGGUGGGGAAGAAGCGAGGCAGCACAGCAGGCGGGGGGGCACAAGCAGCAGUGAUGGGGGUGACAGUGUCGACAUACCCGCCUCUGGGCCAGGUGACGCAACUGGCGAGCGGAGACAGCGUUGGGUUCUACGCGAUGUUGGAGACGAAGCGAGUAUCGGGGGACGACAGGGCGUCCGCGUGGGAGGUGGCAGUGUGGCAUUCGACGAGCUCUGGAGCAGACGAGGGCGAAGCAGACCGAGAGGGCGAGUGGGCGGCGACGGAGCUGUCGGCAGUGGACGCAGACGACGAGACGAAGCCGCGGUCAUGGCUCUGGCUGCAGGACGAGGACGAGACGACGGUGCGGCACUGCUAUGGCGGCACGUUGAACGUGGGUCUGGGUCCAGCCUGGUUCACGGUCCGGUUCCGGCGGCGAGCCACGGCGGGCUCAGAGGCGUCGGUGUGGCGAUGGGUGAACGAGGAGCAGGAGACGGAAGACGGCACAUUGGUGAUAAGACGAAAGAGCGGACGACCAGCCGAAGCAGAUCUGUCGAACCUGAUCCACGGCCUCAACCCAGCCUUUUCCGUGACCUCACCGCGGAGCCAGGUGGCCGGCACGACGCUCUGGAGUCUCGAGACGACCGUGGCCGGGGCCACAGACACGGACGAAUCCGGCUACACGGACACGACGAUCGGCACACCGUGGGGCGACGACCUGCUGCGCUGGCUGGCCCUCGUGCGCGUCUGGACGCCGUGGCUGGCGCCGAGCCAUGGCCGCACCCGGCUGCAGCUGGACCGCGACGCCGUCCUGUGCGCGUGUCUCAGCCAGACCGGCCAGCACCUCGUGCUGCUGGCCGUCAGCGGGCGACGUGGACUGCUGAGCGUGCUGCGCACAGACGAAGCUGGCCAUCUCGUGCUGCACGUGCGCAGCGACAGCCUGGUGGCCGAGCAGGCGACCCUGCUGGUGGCCGUGGCCGACGACGUGGAGCGGGCCAACGCAGCCGUCAUGUACCAUGCACGAGGGCUGAUCGGGUGGGAGGCGAAGGAGGAGAUGACAAGCCAGGGAGACGACCAGACGGAAAUCCCCGACAUCCUCCCCCAAUACCUCGAAACAUGGCACGACGGCCUCGGCUUCUGUACGUGGAACGCCCUCGGCCAGGCGCUGUCCGAGGCCAAGAUCCUGGCUGCCAUGGACGCGCUCGCGGCCGCCGGCAUCCGCGUCGGCAGCCUCAUCAUCGACGACGGCUGGCAGACGCUCGGCCACGCCACCGCCGUCCCGCCCAACCACUUUCAGCGCGGCUGGGCCGCCUUUGAGGCGGAGCCGACACAGUUCCCACACGGUCUUGCUCACACUGUGCACCAGAUCCGCGCCCGCCAUCCACACGUCCGCCACGUCGCCGUCUGGCACGCGCUGCUGGGCUACUGGGGCGGCGUGGCGCCGGACAGCGAGCUGGCCCGACGCUAUGCGACCGAGGAGCUGCAGCGUGCCCAUCCGCCGCGCCGCCACCUGCCGAUCGCUGGUCCGAUGACCGUCGUGGUCGAGGCCGACGUCCGCCGGCUGUACGACGACUUUUAUCGCUUUCUGGCCGCUGCCGGCAUCGACGGUGUCAAGACCGACGCCCAGUUCAUGACCGAUACCUGGCUGUCGGCCCGCGCACGUCGCCGCCUCGCGCCCGCCUACGAGGCCGCCUGGACCGUCGCUGGCCUGCGCCAUCUGCAGGCACGCGCCGUCUCCUGCAUGUCGCAGACGCCACCGCUGCUGUUUCGCACUCAGCUGCCCGUCGGACGACCGGCUCUCGCUGUCCGCAACUCGGACGACUUCUUUCCCGACGUGCCCGACUCUCAUCCUUGGCACGUCUGGACCAACGCCCAUAAUAGUUUACUUAGUCAGCAUCUCAACGUCCUCCCCGACUGGGACAUGUUUCAGACCGUUCACGACUACUCGGCCUUCCACGCGGCCGCCCGCUGCAUCAGCGGUGGCCCCGUCUACAUUACCGACGCUCCCGGCCGCUAUGACACCGCCCUGAUCGACCAGAUCGCCGCGCCCAGCCUCGCCGGCCACCACGUCGUCUUCCGCCCCGACCGCAUCGGCCGCGCUCUUCGGCCCUAUGCCGCCUUCCACGACCGCGCCCUCCUCCUCGUCGCUGCCUAUCACGGCGAUUCUGCCGGCUCUGGCAUCCUCGCCCUCUUUAACGUUGCUGAUCGUCCGCUCGCUGAGCUCAUUCCCCUUGCCUGUGUCCCCGGUGUCUACUCGACGGCUUCCCCGUCUUCUCUGUCAUCCCCGUUCUUUUCCCCUCUGUCUUCUCCUUCGUCCUCAAAUUCGCCCUCCUCUCCACCACUCCACAUCGCCCGCCUCCACAGCUCCGGCCGUCUGUCUCGUCCGGUCGGCUCAGAUGCCCUUCUUCCCGUCUCUCUCGGCGUUCGCGGCUACGACAUCCUCACCGUCUACAAGCCGCUGGCCUUUUCCUUUGCCGACCACGAACCACCGCUCUACGUCGCCAACCUCGGCCUCGUCCGCAAGAUGGCUGCCGCCGCCUCCGUUGUCAGCACCUCUGCUGCCUGUCGUCAGUCUGGCCGCCGCGCCGUCGAGCUGACCGCCGCCUUCAAGGCUCUCGGCAUCGUCGGCAUCUACGUCUCUGCCCUGCCCACAUUGACCGUGGCCGACAACUUCCUCGUCACCAUCCGCGGCUUGCCCAUCCCGCCCACCUGCGUCACCAAGUCUGCCAGCGACCCGUGUCUGCUCGAAAUUGACGUCGAACGCGCCUGGAAGGACUUGCAGCAGACACCCGAUUGGAACAACGAACUGCGGCUGACGGUGCAUAUUAUGCUUGACUAA